AUGGCACUUCAUACGGUGGGAGCUGCACAACUACCAUCGGAGGUAUGGGUCCACGUGUUUGGAUUUCUGUCAACAACAGACAAACUAAACAUUAGAUCAUGCUGCAAAUAUUUCAAAAAAAUGGUUGACCACUGGUCCCUUUGGAAAGGCAACACGGUGGUGCUUAAAAAGCUGUGUGCCUACACCACGCAGUUCUGGACAACUCUUCGCCGCAGGAAAAUCAGCUCAGUUGUUGUACAGAGGGCGAGUUUGAAAGAAUGGAAACAGCUUGCCCUAUCCCUCCCGUGGCUCACCACAAUAGCCGUGGAGCAUUGUUUCGACGUGAAAGCCUUUGAAAUUCUCAAGCAAUUUCAUAACUUGAAGAGGCUGGCUAUUCGCAGCUGUCGCUGUGGCCAGGGACUGUCUGAUGCAAUUGUGCCUCUACAGCAAGUGACUCAUUUUAGUGUGUGCGAGAUGCACUGUGCUCCAAGAUCAGAUAUUAUUAGUUUUGUCUCAAAGCUCUCCCAUCUGACAUCUCUACUCUAUCACGAAGGCAAUCAUCCUAUCCCAAGACAGACAUUCCACAUAAUGCUUAACCGCUUGCCACAUCUGAAGCAUCUGUCUUUGAAAAUGGGAACACAACAUGGCUCUCUCCCAGAUGAUUAUUUUAAAAUUUCUAAAACAAUAAAUGGCUUUCCAGAAGAUCCGCAGGUCGGGCAGCCUGGCUUGACCAGUCUGGAGCUUCUUGACUACAUGGACCCCACCUUAUCUGAAGAGGCGCUGAAGUGCCUCCCCUCCCUGCAGAGCCUAGCUGUGGUCUACAGAGACAGGGACGUAGAUCCCAGCAGGUGCCACCUAAAAACAUGGCUGAGGGAACUCCCUCAACUGGCAGUUCUCAACAUUGCAAAAGGCCAUCCCGUCAGUGCUUAUGCACACUCCAUUCCCGGCACAGUGACCAGUUUGACUCUGCAGCGGGUGAUGGUGGAGCAGAAGGACAUGAAGACUCUAGGGAAACAGGCUUCAGGCCUCUUGCAUCUGCACUUUGACCCAUGCAGCUAUAAAAGCGGCAGCAGCAUCGGAGAGAUCCCCAAAAUAUUCCCCCAGCUCAUGACCCUUAAAAUGCGACACUACAAUGUACCAGAGAGGGAGUUCUUGAGCCUCCAACAGUUGAAGCAUUUGGAGCGGUUAGAGAUCCUGGAUGCACAAAGUCCUCACCUUCUGCAGCUGAUCCACAAGCUGCAGGUCCUGACCAACCACAGCACCCAAAUCAUCCAUUCUCGGGGCCUGAGAGAUCCCACAGGCUGCUACUGUACUCACUACUAACAUAACCACUAAGAGGAAGUGAACACUGGUAGACUGUAGCCCAUGUUUUCAACAGCACGUGUUGAAAUGGUCAUCAUUUGAGGUACGUUUGCGAUGCCAACUUGGCUGAUGCAAAAUAAGGAAACAGCUGAAAUUAUGAGGAUAUUUAGUAAGUCAAUACCUCUGUGAGGUCAACAGGGUCAACAGGAUGUGUAUAGAACAGGGAAACAAACCGUUCAGAACACAGGAACAGAUUCAGAAUUAGACAUUUUAUACAAUAUUUUUUGUUUGAAUCUUGUGUACGCUUGAUUGGGUUGAACAGAAUAAAUGAUUGUGCACAAAAACAACAUUUUUACAUUUUAGUCAUUUAGCAGACACUCUUAUCCAGAGCGACUUACAGUUUAGUGAGUGCAUACAUUUUCCUACUGGCAAUAACAAAACAUUUUUUGACGAAAGACAAUACAAUUGACAAUAAAAUUAGCUGAUUAUCAGUUUUAAGAUUGAUUAAAGAACCAUAUUAUAGUUGCACUACUGAAAGCUUUCUCUGUGGUUGAACACAACUACUAUUACGGCAUGAACUGAUGUGUUGAGUCUCCAGUGAUCACAGAUCUCGUCCCGUCUUCUACUGAGUUGCCUCAAGAGGGCAGUACACACAUGGCAAAGAGUCGGUCAGUCAAUCAUUUCCUGUAGCCUGUUGGAGCACAUUGCCUUGCUAUCUUUGUGAUGGUCCAGAGAGAUGCAUUUCGAAAGCUGCAUACCCCUUCCACAUAUCCCACCUGUGUGGAAGUAGGAAGUGCCUUGAAAAGUGAAAUGAAGGACAAAUGUAUGCACACUUCUCGUUUUAUACCUUUGUUGCCACCCACAGAUGUAAAAUAUAAAUAAUAUGCCAUU